AAAACAACAAUUGUUCAUUGAUGUUAUUCCUAUAAAACAUUGAUUCUUUAGCUCAUUUUAUUAUUCGGUAGAGAUUCAUUAUAAUCUCUUAGUACGUGUUACGACAAAGAAACGCCAAUACGUAAAAGUUGAAUACUAACAGGCAGACAACCGCCACUAUCGCGAUGGUGUCUACUAGUCGGCGUGUCGCAGUUCUACCGUGCGCACGCUUGUCGCUGUGUAUUAUUGUUAUAUUUUUCGCAAGCACAACGGGUUCAGCACAGACAAAGAGUCCGGCCGUUCUUCAACCGUCAGUCAUGCAUCCUGCAUUUGAAUCUGCCGGGAAAACAGCUGGGCUAAAGAUCUGGAGAAUAGAAGAUUUUGAACCAGUACCAUAUCCUGUAAAAGAAUAUGGAAAAUUUUAUACCGGUGAUUCAUACAUCGUUUUGAAUUCAAAAGAGGAUAAAAGUAAAAAAGGCAACGUGAUUUCUGAUAUAUUCUAUUGGUCUGGAAGCGCAUCUUCUCAAGAUGAAGUUGGAUCAGCAGCGAUUCUUGCUGUGCAACUAGAUGACGCUCUCGGAGGUGCCCCAGUUCAGCAUAAAGAAACUCAAGAUCACGAGAGCCAAGCGUUUUUAUCUCUUUUUUCACCUUCCAUUCGUUAUUUACCGGGUGGUGUAACUUCAGGAUUCCACCAUACAGAAAUCAAUCCUGGUGGUGAAAAAAAAUUGUAUCAAAUUAAAGGCAAAAAGAAUAUUCGAGUUAAACAAGUAGCUCCAAAUGUGUCGUCAAUGAAUCAAGGUGAUUGCUUUAUUUUAGACACCGGAAAAGAAAUUUACUUGUACGUUGGACCUCAAGCAAAAGGAACAGAGCGACUUAAAGCGAUUAGCGUUGCUAAUCAAAUUAGAGAUCAAGAUCAUUCAGGAAGAGCCAAAAUAAAUAUUGUUGAUGGAUCUAGUACCCCAGAAGAAAGCGAUAAGUUUUUUAAGGAAUUGGGUUCAGGAUCAGCCAAGCAAGUAGCACCCGCUGUUGAUGACGAUGUAGAAUUUGAAAAGAAAGAAGCUGCAACACCAGUUUUGUACAAAAUAACGGACUCUCAAGGUGGGAAAAUUUCAUCAGAAAAACUCAGUCAAAAACCACUUCUCCAAUCUUACUUAAAAACCGAUGACUGUUUUAUUUUGGAUACGGUUUCUUCUGGUGUAUACGUGUGGAUCGGUAAAAAAGGAACAACUCAAGAAAAAGUAGAGUCUCUGAAACGAGCACAAGCUUUCAUUAAGGAGAACAAUUACCCUGCUUGGACAAGAGUUGUAAGAGUUGUUGAAGGUAGUGAACCAACGGCAUUUAAACAAUACUUCGACAAUUGGAAAGAAAAUGGAGGUGGAAUACAUUUAAAAUAAAUACUUGUAUAAUAAAAGGAAUUAUGUUGGAAUGUUUGAGUUUUCAAAUAUUACUAAGAUAAGCGUAUUUAAAUUUAUUAUACAUUAUUUUCUAUUUCUAACUAAUCUAUACUUACAAUUUCACCAUUUUACUAGUCUUCAAGUUUAUUUUUAUUUUCAAUAUAUAUAAUAUUUUUAGUAAUAAAUAUUAUAUUGGAUUUAUUGAA